AUGUUAUUGGCUGCUACUGGGGCAUAUUACCGGCCAGGUGUAGACGGAAAGUUUGAAGCAGAAAAUAUUAAUCCACACUUGUGUACACAUAUCAACUAUGGUUUUGCCAAGCUUGAUGCGUCUAAUCGUAUCGCUCUCUAUGACGUCGACCUUGACUCGGGCGAUGAAGAUUGGAGCUCGGGUCUAACUUGGGGACACGGAAUGAUUCGCCGUAUGAAUGAACUUCGCAACUACAAUCCUAAUCUUGCAACUCUAAUUUCAAUUGGAGGUUGGAAUGAGGGUUCUAACAAGUACUCUGCAAUGGUUAGCAAUCCAGCAUCAAGGGCUACUUUUGUAGAAAGUUGUGUACAGUUUUUGAAAAAAUAUGAACUAGAUGGACUUGAUUUUGAUUGGGAAUACCCAGGAAUGAAAGCGGCCGGUGAAGCAGACCGAGUGCCAGGUCGUGAUGAAGACAAGGAGGACUACGUAAAGCUUCUUCGCGAACUUCGGUCCGCGUUUGAACCGUACGGGUUUUUACUAACUGCUGCAGUUUCUGCUGGAAAACCAACAAUUGAUCGGGCUUACAAUGUUCCAGAAGUGAGCUCAUUGUUGAAUUUAAUCUUUGUCAUGACUUAUGAUUUUUGGGGCGGCUGGAGUCCAAACGUUUGGCAUAAUGCUCCUUUGUAUCCGUUGGAGAAUGCAACUGGAAUUGACAAGGAAUUCACCACUCAAUUUGCCAUUGACUACUGGAUUGAAAAGGGAGCUGAUCCGGCUAAGCUAAUCCAAGGUUUUCCAUUGUACGGCCGAACAUUUACUUUGAAAGAUUCAAAAGAUAAUGGUUUGGGUGCACCAGCAAUAGGAAAAGGUGGUAAUCCUGGCCCAAUAACCCGAAUUAUUGGAAUGCUUGGGUACAAUGAAAUCUGCUCAAUGGUGCAAAACGGGUGGCAGGAGCAUUACAAUGAAACACAAGAGGUUGCAUAUGCAACUAAUGGAAAUCAAUUUGUCGGUUAUGACAACGUGAGAUCUAUUAAGAAAAAACUUGAUUUUCUUUUGAGUCGGAAACUUGGCGGUGCAAUGAUUUGGUCGAUUGAUACUGACGACUUUUCUGGCCAUUGCGGAGCUGGAAAAUAUCCAUUGCUUAAAACACUCUCUCGUACUCUUAACAAAAUCGAUGGCCCUGAUGUGAAAAUUCCCAGAACGCAUGCUACCACACCUCGUCCAAACAGUGGCAGUAGCAGCACUUCUUCUCGACCGUGGGAGUGGACCACAGUUAGACCUAGCACAACAAGUGCGCGACCAAGCACACAAAAGCUAACAACCAUUUCUCAGAAAGUGCCAAGCACAAACAAACCAACAGAAGCAUUGCCUACUACAACACGACCAAUUGCACAGCCUGAACCCAAUUUCACCUGCACUAAAGCCG